AUGGCUUGUGAAUGUCUCAGCCACCUUCAGAGUAUCGUCCACAAGCAGAAGGCCCACUUGGGCUCGACGGACCCGCCGCAGCCGGCAGCGCACUCCGCCUCCGGUAUGGGCUCGUCGGCGGAGCUGACCGGGCCGGGUCGGCACACCGGAGGAAUGCUCAUCAGACACCAAGAGUACGAGGCGGGCCCGGUGCGGCUCGACUCGCACCGGCCGCCGCUGGCCGGCACCCUCAGCUCGGCGCGGUCCGCCGCCCACCUCCGCCGCUCGGCGCCCGUGCUCCUGCCGGCCGACUCGCCGCCGCGACGGAAGGUGGCGCGCCAGUCGCGCACGGUCGCUGUAGGUGGCGCCACCGCGCCCGUCACGCCGAAACGGCCAGCAGCGAGCAGACGCGCGGAGGAGUCUCGAAAGUCGCGGAAUGAGAAACGAAUCGUUAUCGCCGGCAAACGAGUCAGAAAGGUUGCCCCAAAAAGACGAGACUUUUUCAACACAGUGGGCACGCCGUCGGCGUACCGUCCGCGCUCCCCGCUAACGCACGGUCCGCCGCUGGCGUCGACCGGCCGCCGCGUGCUCCAUUCUCCUGAACAGCGUGCCUACGGCAGCUGGCUGUCGGAGCCGGCGGCCGGCGCGGACCGGACACCGGCGGGGGACAGUGGGAGCAGGGCGGCGGACGGGGCGCGCGGCGCAGAGGAGAGCCCGGCGGGGCGGAGUGUGAGGCAGACGGACCGGGAGAGAACCCCUGUGAGACCCACACACCGGGAGAGAACCUCUGUGAGGCCCACAGACCGGGACAGGACUCAGAGGAGACAGGAGAACGGUCUGGGCGCGGCCGCGUCUGCCCCGGCCCUGGUGUGGCCGGCCGGGGCGCGGGGCACACCGCCGGCUGACCCGGCCCCGCCUACCGACCACCGGCGGAGGGUGGUGGUGGUAGAGCCGCCCACCCAGUACCCCCGAGACACCUGGUCCAGGAUCUUCCCCGGAAUCGACGCCGAGGAGAGGACAACCUCGCCGCGGGGGCCGCAGGCGGCGGCGGCGCAGGGCGAGCCGGGAAAAUCACCGGUACAGACCGAGCCCUCUGCGGCGGCAGCGAACGGCGCGGAAACUAAGGUGAAUGGAGCAGAGGCUGAGAGUAAGGUUCCUACAGCAGAAGUUGCGGGCAAGGAAGCUCAGGAAGGAAAGCCGUCAAAGACGGAUAAGGGAGGUGAUAAGGAGGGUGCUGGCAAGACGCCGAAACCCAAUGCCACCGGCGCGCGGAAGAAGACCAAGCAGACCAAGCCCAAGAGCGGGUCGGCGGCUGACCAGCGCGGUAAGCCCACCGCGCUGUCGAACGGCUGCGGCUCUCUGACCUGGCGUGGUGCGCGGCCGGAGGGGAGCGGUCCGGCGGCUGGCCGCGCCGCCUCCCGCAGCCCGACUAAGGCGUGCCCGGGCCGCGCCCGGUCCGGGACGGAGCCGCCCCGCGAGGAGCGCCGGCCGCGCACGCGCAGCUACGACCGCGCCCAGGUGCGCCGCUUCAUGGCGGAGCGUCGGGCCGCGCUGCGCCGCAGCCGCGAGCAGCAGGAGGAGGAGCGGAACCAGCAGCGCCAGGCGCGCCGCCAGCAGCUGGAGAAGCUGAGCGCCGUCUGCCAGCAGCAGAUCAAGGGGGCGCGCAGACGCGGCCCGCAGGGCGGACGGACCGACCGAGACUGGCAGCCGCUGGAGCUGGACGAUGACGAGGAGGACGAGCCCGACCAGCAGACCACCGUGCUGCGGCGCGCCUCGGCCGGCGUGGCGCUGGACAUCUCGCUGACCGGGCGGCGGUCCCGGCCGGCGGCGCGCCACGCGGCCGCCGAGCUGGGCCAGUUCGCCGGCCACGAGGCGUUCCGUUUCGGCGGCUCACGGGGCCGCCGAGCGCUGCUGCAGAGACUGGCCGACGAGCUGGGGCCGCUGGUUAGACAGGAGCAGAGCCAGAGUCUGACGGCGCUCAAUGGUAGCGGAGCGAGGCAGGGAGAGGACGAGAGAGACAGUGAGAGAGACGCCGAGAGAGACAUACAAAGAGACAUGGAAAGAGACGCCGAGAGGGACCCGGAGCGGGGGCAGUCGACCCCGACCCGGAGCCGGAGCCGGAGCGGGGAGCGGGGCGAGUCGCCGACAGACACAGAGCUGGACCGGCUGCUCUGGCGCCGACUGAGACCCGAGUCGGCCGAGCGGCACAUCAGGGAGCGGGUCGAGCUGGAGGUCAGCCAGAUGAGAGACGAGCUCACCAGGCAGCUCGGUGACGGCAGCGCGGAGUCGUCCCCGGUCCCUCCUCGGCCGCUGGCGGACGGCCGCCUUCAGCCGGCUCCCGGCGCGGCGCCUGUACCGGCCGGGCCGGGUACCGCUCUGAAGGAGUACCUGGAGCACGCGGGCCGGCCGGGCGCGCUGGGCGGUACCGGGGACUCGGCGAAUGUGGAGGUGCGCCGGGUCAGCCAGCGGGAGCAGCCCGGGCAGACAGAGCUGCAGGCGGCGUUCACACAGACCGACGCGCCGCCGUCUCCGCGGCCGCCGGCGCCACUCCGCCUGCCCGACUGGUCGGCGCCGCUGCUGCCGCCGCCGCCGCCCGACACAGACAGUUUCGUUGAGGAAGCCCGCGGCUCCGCAGACGCCGCCGAGUCGCAGCGCAGCGGCCCGGAGCCGGGCGACUCCUCCAUCACAUCGCUACACAUCCCCUCCGAGGCCUUCAUGCUGCCCAGCUUCAAACGGCUCCGAGACAAGUGCGAGCGCCGGCCGCCGGUGUCGACCUCGGAGGGCUCCCUGGAGACCACGGCAGCGCCGCGGAGCGGUCCGCCCUCCGCCGGCCGGUCCCCGCGCAGCCCGACCACCUCGGACGGCUCGCCGCCGGCCACGGUUCGCUCGGCCGCUGCCGACCUCCGGCUGCGACUGCCCGAGUCGUCCGCGACCUCCUCCGCCCGCGGGGACUCUGAGCCGGACAGACAGUCGGCGACCGCUCCGAGCUCCGAGUCAGACGCUGCGUCUGCCACCGCUCCGAGCUCUGAGCGACCGGCGCGGCCGCGCUCGACGGGAGACUCGUGGGUGUCGUGCCGCUCCCGUCCGCCGGCCCGUCUGACGGCCGCCGCGCUGCAGACGGAGCUCAGCUCCGAGCUGCACUACCUGCAGAGCGUCGACGAGUCGCUGCUGGCGCUCACCGUGGCGGAGCGACUGAGCACGGAGGCGCGGCUGAGAAGACGCGCCACAGGACUGCAGACCAUAGUGCAGAAUCAAAAGGAGGAGCACGCCAAAGCGCUCAACGAAGCGGAGGAGAAGAGGAAGAAGCGGGAGGAGGAGGAGGAUAAGCGCUGGCAGGAGAAGCGUGACGAGUACGCGGCGUCCACCCAGCGGGUGAUAGAGGCUCAGGCCAGCGCUGCCCGGCUGAGCGCUGAGGCCGCACGCCAUCUGGCGCAGGCCAGUACAGCAGCGCCACCUAUACCGACGAUAAUGGCGCCGUCUGCGGCAGACGCUGGAGUUGUGGCCGCCAGUGCCGUCGCAGCGGUGCAGGAGGCGAUGAAACAGGCAAGUGUGCGUGCUAAGAGAUGUCAGAGGGAUGUUACAGACAACUGUUUUUAGUGGUAACUAAGAGUUCAGAAUGCUGUGCUACAGUGAAGAACGUUUAGUUGUUCCUGUAUGGGAUGAGAGAUUUCCCCUA